AAUCACACAAAUAUUAUUGUGCAACAAAGAUCUUCUUGAAAAUUCAAGCAGCCAUGGACUCAAAGACCAUUUUCGAUGAGCCACCACCAUACGAGCCUCGUGAUUCUCGAGAACAAGCAAACGCAUCAAGUUCCUCUUCAGAUGCAAGACCACAGAACUAUCAAACAAACAAUUCUGCCCAGAGAAACGAACCUUCAAUGUCGAGACAAGAGCCUAGGUCGUUCGACGACUUCCGUCGCGAUCCUCGAGACCAAGCAUACAACCAGAGCUAUAACUCAGACCCAAGGUAUCAAAAUUAUCCGGACGACUACAUUCGGAGGGGCGAGCCUGCCAUGGGCAGACCAGAUCCUAGGUUAAAUAACGGCUAUCGUGAUCCUCGAGAUCAAGCAUACGGACCUAGCUAUAAUCCAGAUCCGAGAUCUCAGUAUUAUCAAACCGGCAACUACGUCGAGCCUCCGAUGGGGAGAAGAGAUUUCGGUGGAUUCGGAGGCAUGCGGGAUACAAGGAGAGGAGAUAUGUAUGAUGGUGAUGAUGAUUAUAGCUAUGGAAGAGGUCGACACGGUCGUCGUGGUAGACGAGAAGGAGGAAGAAGAAGAAGGGGCGGUGGACUGAUCGGUCUCGUUGGGAAUUUGAUAGAGGGCGCAACGAAGAAGUGAGUGGGCGACUUUGGGAAAAGGGGAUUUAAGCAGUGUGUGAAAUCAUAACUGAUGCUAUUUGCGAUACUCAGAGCGCUUUGUAUUAGAUUAAUGACAGCUAUGACAACGGAAAGCAAACACUUUCAUCACACAAAAACG